UAUAAAAAGAUUGCUCGUGUUACAGACAUCAUUCUUUCAACUCCAUUGUUCAAUAGACCAGCAUCUUCCAACAUGAGUUCUUUAACGCUUGUGUCAAUCCUAGCCUUGUUGGCUGUUGUAUCAGCCGGGCAGUACUACUCGCAGUACAAUGGCUUCGGCGCCGGUGCCGGCGCAGGAUUCGGGGCAGGUUUCGGCGCGGGAGCAGGGUUCGGAUACAGCGGAGGGGCCCACAUCCCAAUACUGCGAUAUGAAAACGUUAACAACGGCGACGGCACCUACAGAUACAACUACGAAACCGGCAACGGCAUCUCAGCGCACGAGAGCGGGGCCCCCCGAGCGCAGGGCCCCGAAGGGCCCGCAGUGACGGCGGAGGGUGGAUUCUCUUACCGUGCCCCUGAUGGCCAGCAGAUCUCACUGUCCUACACCGCUGAUGAGAACGGCUUCCACCCUGUCGGCUCACACAUCCCCACCCCACCCCCCAUCCCGGAGGCUAUCCUCAGGUCCAUUCAGUUCAACAGACAGAACCCUUCAUCCGGAGACGGGCACUACAAUGCCGGACGAUACAAUGGAUACCACUAUUGACGACACCAGCCCCCAUCAACGAUACGGACUGUGAUAAACAUAUUAUUUAUUCUAUAGCAAUGUCUAAUCGACGUAUAUUUAUGCAAGCUUUAAUAUACUUAGUAUGACAAUUAUAAAGUUGGUUUGAUUCAAU